GCCGCACGGCUUCGGGCAGACCAGCAGUUGCGCGUACACUGCCAAGCAGAGCAGACAAAACCGUGGGCUGCACUGCGUGCGUGUGCCGUCUUUUGGAGUGCGUUCGAACCGCGCAACCUGCUAGUGUGUGACAGUGACAGUCCCGUGGCAGUACGGUGGCCGUGUAGUCGCCGAGGCCGUGUACAAAAACAAAAACAUCGGCGACCAGCGGCGAGCGGACCGCGGCGUUUGGCGCAGCAGGUCAACAGGCAGGAACAGGAACAGGAACCGAAAACCCCGAACCUCCCUGAUAACCCGUUCGCUUUCUUCCGCAUCCUCUGGCGGGUGCCAGGUUGCCAAUUCGUUACGCAACGCCCCGAAGCGACCAGGGGCGGGCGACGCAGAGCCCGUAGAGUGUGCGUAUCGUUGUUCGGAGGGGGGGGGGGGGGGGGGGGUAGGGAGGUACGAGGAGCCCCUCCGACCGUCCGACCAACUGCCCGAUCCUGCCGGGCAGCGUACCGACUGCUCCGUGGCCUUCCCGUUGGUCCGUUGGUCGGCCAGGCGGUGCCGGUGACGUCACAAACGAACGGGCGAACGAGUCGGAAGGAUCUGUGCCGUGUAGAGUAGUCUGUGUGUGUGUGUGCGCGUGUGUGAUUGUGUGUACGUGUGUUGCGGCUCCUCGACGCGUCCUUCCUUGGCGAUUGGUGUGCUCGGAAACCCCGUUCAUCGGUAACCUCGAUGCACGUGCGGUCAUCUUCCACCAGCGGCUAUCAGACAGUGUAUGCGUGUGCGUGCGUGUGUGUGUGCCCAGUGCCGUAUCACACAGUGUCAGCGCAACAGCAUCAGCAGCAGCAGCAGCAGCAGCAGCAGCAGCUAUCAAGCGACACUAUCAACCUGCACGACGGUACCUUCCAACGGUACCGCCGGAUCCGGAACCGUUGUGUCAACCAGUCAGCCCGCCCGCCCGCCAACCCGCCAGCCCGCCAGUCUGCUCGCAUGCAACACUAGCAUGGCAGCAUGUUCGCCGAUCGGAGCACCCUUUGUCGUUUAUAUAAUACCUUAAUUUUCAUGCACCUGCUUUACGUCACACGCGCGUUCGGUGUCAUCUUCGAGGAGUACGUAGUGGACCAGGGCCGCAACCUGACGCUACGCUGCGACUCGCGGCAUCCAGUGCGAUGGGUGCGCGAGGGCCGCCGGGAGGACGUCCGCCAGUUCCAGACGGAUGGAUCACUGGUGCUGACGAACCUAACCGCCCAGGAUAGCGGCCGGUACACGUGUUCGGCGGCCGUACCCACACUCACAACGGUGACCGUACUGGAGGAAAGCGACGGCGACAGUAGCGGCACCACUACCAACGGUACGGUCGGUCCGGCGUCGACGUCAUCGUCUGAGAACGCGACGUUCGAGUCAACGGUGACCGACGGUGAGGAGGCUGACGGUGAGGAGCAAGAGAGGGCAGAGGGUGAAGAAGAACCGAGCACGGAAAGCUUCGUCGAGCUGCUGAAGGUGAAUGUGAAGGUGCGGACGCCACCGUUGGCCGUUUCGAACUUUUACGUCCGCGCCUCAACCAUCAUAGCGGUGCUGGUGUGGGAGGUGAUGCCGAACCGGACCGGCGGGUACGCGAUCCGGGACUUUACCGCCGAGAUGCGCCGGAUGCGCGACCCUAGCACCAGCAGCAGCAGCAGCAGUGGUGGUGGUGGUAGUGGUGAGACCACAGAAGCAACAGACGCACCAGAGCUGCCUUGGGAGACGAUCGAUCCGCGACACAUCAGCCCGAAUGCGCGGCAGCUCGAGAUCUACCACCUCGUCCCCAACACGACGUACGAGUUCCGCAUCUGGGGCAACAACCAGCUGGGUGCCGGCGAGAUCGUCACCAUUCUGGCCACCACGCAGCCCCGCAUGGAAGAAAAAGAUCUGGUGCGGCGCAUCAUGGUCGACGCAAAGAACUUCGAUACGCGCGUCUGGAUCGCGGCGGUCGGCAUCGUCAUGGGCACCCUGGUGAUCCUGUCGCUGGGGACCUGUAUCGUGCUGUACAAGGAGUGCCGCGAACCAGCCGCGAGCGACAAGGACGAAGAGCUAGACAGUCUGGAGCUCGUGCCGAACAUCAUCCUGAAUCCGGGCUUCUGCGACUCAGACGACCAGGGCCAGCACCCCCUGUCACCGCCGGUACCGCGCACCCUGCCCUACGGACACCGCUACGGACAUCCGAUGGGCUACAUAGCCGGCGGACCGCACGGACAUCGACUUGGUGCGGGGGGGCUCCUACCGAACGGGAGCAGCCCCUACCCGGGAGGUGCACUCGGUACGCUCGCCACCACCACCACCACCACCACUGCUACCACCGGCCAUGCUGGCACCGGUGGUGGGGCCGACGAUGAGGACGAUGACGACGAGGACGAGGACGAGGAACCGAUGACGUUCAGCCGCCGAAUGUCGAUCUUCUUCACCGGCAACACGAUCAAGCGGAUUUGAGUGUGCAGAGUGCAUCCGGCCCCCUGGUGGGGUCGGCCACCUCACCUGCCCACCCGCCCGCCGUGACCGCGCUGACCACCACCAUCACCACGCUGUCACGACCUACCACUCUGCACACUCCGUGAGCGCACCCAGCGCAGGUCACGGCACAGUGUGCUGUGCUGUGUGUGUGUGUGCCUGAGUGCGUACACUAAACUAAGCUCACUAGUCAACUGACUGACACUGCUCUGGCUCCUACCUGCUGCAAGUGUGUCGCCAACAGCCACCAUCGGAAUCGGGAGGCAGGUAGCUAAAGCCUCGUAGCAGCCGUGAGGGGCGUAGGGUACGAGUCGUGGGACUCGUCGCCCUUCAUUCACUUUUUCUUUUUUGUUUUCUGUCCGUACGCUGCGCUCCCUAGAAACCGAUCAACGAUACUUUACACGCGCCAUUGCCUCCUCCGUCGGUUCCGUUUUUGCUACUGCUGCUGCUGCUGCUGCGCGCUAGCAAGCGCAGCUUGAUUGACUGAUGUAUCAGGGUAGCCGCACGUUACGCACACACCCUGCAAACCACGCAUACGCACGGUCAAGAGGAUGGACGGGAACACAGCAGGUAGCACGGUACAUUUGUAGGAUACGAGCCCCUUGCUAGCGCUAGCAAUUGGGCCGCUAUUGUGAUAACGAAGGAGAGAAGGAGAAGUAAGAAGAAAAAAAAUGUCAUGUAAGAUGGUGUAUGUAAGAUCAGGGAAGGCGAGGUAAAGAGAUAAAUUGUGUGGUUGGCUCGUACAGUGGGAGGGGGGUAAAAUGUAAAAUAAUGCAAAUGGUUCAAUACAGGUUGUUCGAGACACGCAGCCACGCAGCAGGCAAAAAGCAAGCGAGCAGAACAUGGCAGCGCAAGUACGCCAUUUUAAUCGUGUAUCAUAGCACAGCACAGGCAUCGAACUGCUGGCUGGGGACCCGGACACGGACGGAACGGGUGUGUGAACGAGCAGAUGCAUCUACUGAACGCCAUCGUACUGGCCGAAAACCAACCGGGCUGCCUUUUGUAAGAAUCGAGAGAGAGAGAAAAGGAGGAAGGAGAUAAGAGGAAUGAAAGUGAGAGCAAAUGCUAGAAGGAGUAGAAAGCCAGUCCGGCAGGGAUGUCACCACACAACAACAUACACACAGCCAGAAGCGGACAGUAUCAUGGACUUAGUAUAGCGCACGCCGGUUUAGUUGCCGAGCCCCAGUUGUUUAGUUAUCCCAAAGCCAGCUGAAAAACUUUGGACAGAAAAUCGGACAGAACUAAAUGUCGGACACUCGUUCGAUAAGUGAUCUGUGUGUGUGUGCAUGUUGAGAGUUUAUUUUUUUCUCCCUUUCGAUUCGCACCUGACGUAGGGCGUUGCCUGCUCGGUGCUGCUGUUUGUGCGUGUUGGCGUGUACGUGUUACAAACCGACGCAGGACAGCCAACCAGUUGAGUGAGACAGCAAAAAACCUAGUGCUUAUGAUAGUCACCAAUUUAGUGGUUGAGGACGGGGUAGGGAUCUAACAAAAGGGUUCUGAACAAGCGCAAUAAGAAGAAGAAAGAAGAAGAAAAACAGAAUAGAGCAGAGAACAAGCAGAAAAUUGAAGAAGCGGCCCUCGCUCGCCUUGAAGGAGGCGAACUAGUCCGGGUCCGAGUGGUUUGUACGUUCGCUUUUCCUUUCCUGCCAGCUCAUCGUCUCCCUUUGUAGCCUUGCCCGCCGAUAUUUUGGACAGCGCGCGCGCGCGUGUCUGCCAUCAUCGCCUAAGCAACGCGGCCCAUUUGUGAGGUCCAGAUGUAAGCGUAGAGCGGUUGUAUAAAAACAAAAGCAAAGAAGAAGCUAAAUCAUGUAAUCCAAGUGCGAAUGUCAGCGCGUGCGUGUCCGUGUGUGUGUGCCUGUGUGUGUGUGUGCAUGCGUGUCCGUGUGGUUGUAUGUGUGCCUAUAGAACGGGGGGAUGGGCCGACGAACCAUCACCAAAAUGAAACUAUCAACAAACGCGUAUCGUAGGAAACAAAAAAAUGUUCGAGCACGCCUGUACGUAGCGGGAAAAUGGCGUUUGCAGGGCAGAGAGGUGGACAGGUGCAGGUCCUGGCUAGUUGGCAGAAGGAGCAGAACAAUACUAAAUACGUAUCCAUAUUCAAUGCUAGUGAGGGACACGGAAACAGCAAAUAAAUCCAGUGGGUAUCGAGGGGUAUGUGAGGGUUGAGGGGUGAUUGGGGAGGGCGAGUGAUGUGGUGAAGCUACCGAACGGCGCGUAUGUUUAUCGUAGUAGGGUUCGUGCGCUUUUUAUAUUAAAAAGCGUGCGCCAGGUUCGCUUCUGUUGUUCGCUUGUGUCGUGUUCGCCCUUCUGCGAGAGCCAACUCCAGAAACGCACGACGACUAAACCACUAAACCACUAUUUUAAAAACGCUUUUCUAUUCGCUCUGUCCCGCACCGUUGUUGUGGCUUCAUGGGAUCUUAGCAGCAGGGGGCGUAUUCUACGGCACAUCGCGUGUCACACCAUUACCGUGUUAGCCCUAGCCGCCCCCGAACACCCCAACACGCAUGACGCACUGACACUCACGGCGUACACAGGGGGAGGCCCUUACACACACCACCUAGCCGGUCUGCUGGUCGUUGCACAUGGUGCAACGCAGCCGCUUGGCCAGCAUUACUAGUGUGAAGGGGAGG